CCGGGGGCCGGGCGCUGCGGGCAGCGGGGGGCCGCGGGCCGGGGCUCGCUGCGCCCCUCGGGCCCCCCAGGGCCGGGCGGGAGGCGGCGGUGAGCCCGGACAUGGGUGUUUGUCUCCGGGCAGCGCUGCCCCGUGGCCUGUUGGUACCUGCGGGCGGGCGCCCGGUGGAAAGCACCUUUUUCUCAUGAACGGUUCUAGUUCCUCGCCCUGGGCUCUCGCCAUGGACACUAUGAAAACCACUUACAUCGUGCUGGAACUGAUCAUCGCUGUGCUCUCCAUCGCUGGCAAUGUCCUGGUCUGCUGGGCCGUGGCCAUCAACAGCACCUUGAAGAAUGCCACCAACUAUUUCCUGGUGUCUCUGGCGGUGGCUGACAUUGCCGUGGGUUUGUUAGCCAUCCCUUUCGCCAUCACCAUCAGCAUUGGAUUCGAGGUGGAUUUUCACAGCUGCCUCUUCUUCGCCUGCUUCGUGCUGGUGCUGACCCAAAGCUCCAUUUUCAGCUUGCUAGCGGUGGCCAUCGACAGGUACCUGGCUAUUAAGAUCCCACUGAGGUAUAAUAGUCUGGUGACUGGCAAGCGGGCAAGAGGCCUCAUCGCUGUGCUGUGGCUCCUGUCCUUUGGAAUUGGACUGACUCCACUUAUGGGCUGGAAUAAAGCCAUGAGCGGUUGUCCCAACACCACCAACGAGACAGGGGUUGACACCAGGACACAGCACCAUGGCUGCUUCAUCUCAUGCCUCUUUGAGAAUGUGGUAACGAUGAGCUACAUGGUGUACUUCAACUUCUUUGGCUGCGUGCUGCUUCCCCUGGUUAUCAUGCUGGGAAUCUACAUUAAGAUAUUCAUGGUCGCCUGCAAACAGUUGCAUCAGAUUGAACUGAUGGGCAACUCCAGGACCACGCUGCAGAAGGAGGUCCACGCAGCCAAGUCUCUGGCCAUCAUUGUGGGAUUUUUUGCCUUCUGUUGGCUGCCCCUGCAUAUCUUGAACUGCAUCACACUCUUCCACGAGGAGUUCUCCAAAUCCAAGCCUGAGUGGGUGAUGUACAUGGCCAUCAUCCUCUCCCAUGCCAACUCUGUCAUCAACCCCAUCAUCUACGCCUACCGGAUCAGGGACUUCCACUACACCUUCCGCAAGAUCAUUUCCAAGAUCCUCUGUAAGACUGACGACUUCCCCAAGUGCACCACUGACAACAACCAGCACCUGACCGUCACCAACAUUAACUGCCCUGUAGCCUCUGUCACCAUAUGACCCUGCAUGUCCUGCUCCCGGGAUCCUGCAGUGUCCCUGACACUAUCCUCCCCUGUGCCUCUGUGACCAGUUGCAGCUCGCUCCCGGAGGAGCGCUCAGAGAUGACCACUAUGCAGUUAUGCAGCUGUAUUUUUUGUUAUUAUUAUUUUGUAAUUAACACAGUGCCUCCUGGAGGGAUAACCUGAGCGGGGAGACUGACUGUAAACCCAGGUUGCGUGAGUGCUGGCGACCGUGUUGUGUCUCCAUUCCAGGUCAGACACUGACUGUGGAAGAUCCACUUGCUGGGGGCGUUUCCCCAGUUGUGCUGCUCGUGUCAAGUCCUAUUUUAAUUGUUAUUAUUAUUUUUUUUAAGCUUUUGAUUCCUUUAGGAGUAAUAAUUUUGUGUCUGGUUUUUGAGUUGUUCUUUAAGUCCGUACUUGACAGCACUUUGGUAAUACCCGAAUUAUUCCAUCAAUUGUUUGAUGCAGCUAGUAUUCUCCAAUGGGAAAAAGUCUUACUUAGCCGAGUUGCUGGUGUGAAACUGAAUCUGCGUUCCAGGCUCUGAGGGACGUGAUCAUGUGGCUGGGAAAAGAAGCUCAGAACUGGCCAGCUCUUUCUGGCCCCAGCGUGGAAGCCCUACUUACUGAAAGAGAAGAAUUUUAGGGAAGAGUAGACUGAAGUUUUAGCUCAGUGGUUUUAUUGCCUUUAAAUCCCUUUGGCUUACAGGACUGUGCAGCCCAGUGCUUCAGGUCUGCUUUCAAAUCUGUUUCCAUCUAGCAAAAUGCAAAAGGCAGAUGUGCCCUGAGGCUCGGCUAGUCUGCUCCAUUCACUGAGGUUACUGCAAACCCUGCUUUAGUGACACUAUCUUUACAAUGAGGUUUUUGCUCCCAAGUCAAACCUUGACAGCCUGGCAGUGCUUCCAGAAGUGCUGGGUUUAGCUGCAAUAGCUGGAUGCUCUAGCUCGCCUGAUUCCUGAAGCUUAGUCCCGUUGAGGCUCCUCUGUAGCCCAGUAACCCCCAGAAGCUGUGAGUGCUUUGUUGUCUACUGAUGAUUCUUGUUUUUGCAUUCUAUUUUUUAAUCCUGACCUGCACUGUUAGCAAGAGACUAUAGGGGAGCUAAUUCAUUUGAGAAGCUAGAAUGCCUUGCCUUGUUACUCGAUUUUCACCAAGCUCUUGGGGCUGAAGCUCACCUUGCAGCCUCUGCAGUCAGCCAGGAGUCCUGGCCUGACCUAAGUACAAAGCCCACUCAACAGUGUAAAUUGGUACUGCAGGUUCCUAACUGUCUGCAACCACAGCUCA